UUGGGGGAAUCGGAGGGGUUACAAAUGUAAUCAUAAUUAUGUUUUUAAAAUAUUGUAAGAUUUGAAUUUCUUAUGGGCCAAGAUUGAGGCAUUUCUUGACAUUAAUGUCAAAUUAGUUUUUGGAAACUAUAUAAAAAAUAUCAUUAUAUGAAUAUCUCAACACUAAAAGAAGUAAAAUUUAUAGUGAAAAUGUGGAAGCACUUCUCAAUUUUGGCUGCGAUGCUGUACUUGCUUCCUUCCGCUUCCGGCUACAACUAUUGCCACAACAAGAGCCAUGUCUGUCGCCAACGCAAUUUGGAUCAUUUUAUGUGCAACCUCGGCAAUCUACGUCCGCUGGACGGAACUGUCAAGUAUGAGGACAUUAUGCCGGAUGCUCCGAAAUUGCGAGACAACAUUUUGGGAAAGUUGAAUCGGUACCGUAACAACCUGGCCGGUGGCGAUAUCCGAACAGCGUAUAAUAAAUCGUUUCCGAAAGCCUCCCGUAUGCGAGCUCUGGCCUGGGACGAGGAACUGGGCUACCUCGCCCGCUGUCACGCCAAGACUGUGUCCUUUAUGCACUCCGAAUGCCGGGCCACCAGCCGCUUUCCUUAUGCCGGCGAGGUUCUUGCCAUGAUUGGUGUGCAAAAAAAAAAGUUAUUUCUGUGGGAGAUCAUUAAUUUGACGCUGAAACCAAUGUUUGAAGAACACAUGCUAGUGGAGGAUCCAGAGGAGUAUGUUAAGAACUACGAUCCCAUCAAGCACUAUGGCGUGGGGCACUUUACCACGAUCAUUAGUGAUCGUGUGUCCCGCGUGGGGUGUGGAAUUGCGGUUGGUUCUAAUUGUUAUCACGGGCCAAAAGUUGGCACGUGCCACUUCCUGACGUGCAUGUUUGACUUUACCAACAUCGCUAAUUCAUUCGUCUAUAAGCCCGGAAAACCAGCUUCCGAGUGCGAUGUUUGGCAUACUAGGCGCAGUAAUAGUUAUGGGCACUUAUGUAAACAUACUGAAAAUACUGGGUUCGACUUGGUACACGAUCACUGGAACUAGUUUUAAAUAUUGGAAGAAGCGGCAUUGGUGCAUGGGCCUACUGCCAUAGGGAAUCGAUUCUCCUUACCCUAUAUCACCUCCAUUCACCUGAAUACCCCCAAUGCCUCUCCAUCCGAUGUGUGUGCGACUGGAAAUCCAGCGCAAAGCUGUGUGACCUUCUUCGGAGGCAGUUCCCCAAAUCGGUAGCCAAAAAUAAGGCAUUUCUUUCCUUUAAUGUCAAAGUCUAGAUUUAGAGAACUUUAUAAAAAAUUACAUUAUUUGAAUAGAUAUUACAGCUCUGAACAAAAAUAAAAUUUUAAGUAA